CAAAUGCACAUGCUCGCAGCUCAGAAGUCCGCCAGGCAAAAGUAGACAGAAGCAAAGGUGGGGACUCAGCAGCAUACAGAUUGGAGACAAACUCACUUGCUGCUUUCUAUCCCGAUGCUUGCAGAGGCUUCCUGUCUCGGUGAAUGGAGAGGCACUGUGGACCAAUGGGAGGGCAGUGGUGAGGAUGCAACAGUGAGCCAGGAAAAAACAGCCCAUUGUUCGUGGGACUACACAGAAGUGUGACCACUCUCCUGCAGGCUCUGGCUGCUCGGCCUAUCGGCACACUGACGGACCCGGGACACCAUUGAGAGGUAAGACACUGGAGAGACAGCAGAUCUGGCACAUGACAUUUCACAAAAAGCCUUUUAUGAGCUUCAGAAGUUAUUCUGGUGUGUCUUCUAAGAAAACAGUGCUUUUACAGGAAUCCUAACAGCACAUUGGAGCGUUUUUGCACCACCGUGUGUCACUAGCAUAUUGUAAGAGGAUUUAUGACAGCACAUUAUCGCUGUUGUUUUGGUUGUUGUCAUAAUGGAGGUAAUUACAUUCAUUUAUAUCCACACUGGGUGACACACACAGACACACAGGCACUGCUAAUGUGCUUCAGUUCACAGACAGAGAGGCCAGUGUUACCACCUCAUUUAUUGAUUUUGGUGAUGAGUCAGAGGAUUUUCAUCGCUAGCGUGAGGGUGCGUAUUUGUGUGAGAGAGAAGAUAUGCAUGUUUCUUUGAACAGAGGUACAGUAACGGAAUUCAGGCUGAGUUUGUCAUGGGACAGCGUGGCUAAAAUGAUGUAAUAAGAUUAUGAAGUUAAAAGCUAACAUCUAAUGCCGGCUGCCACGCUAUCCUUCUUGUUUUUCUACUUGCAGAACGUAUAUACCUGAUCUGCUGUCUUUCAUUGUUGAUGUGAAAAGAGUUUUUAAUCAGCACAUGUACUGCAGUUCUCCUCCUGAAUAUGUGGAGAUAGAUAGACAAUUUGAAGUUUAGUGAAAGAAGAGUCCCUGCUGCUGUUGCACACAGUGUCCAGCAGGUGUCAGUACCAUCCUAGCAGAAUCAUUUUGGACUAGUCAAAUUCUCUGUAUUCUUUAUGCUUGACCAAUGAUCAUUAAAUUCACUUGCAACAAAAAUACUAAAAUCACCAUGUUUUCGUUACCAUGUUUUUGCCAUUAUACAAAAGUCAUUAUCUUCUCCAACACUCCAACACACUUGUAUACAAAUACGAUUUAUUUUAUUUUUCAAUUGUUGGUCAUUGGUGCUAUAUACACAAAACAAUGUCCACAUACUUGUGUACUUUUGUACACAUUAGUCCUGUCUAUUCUUCACAUUUAUUUGUCCAGCUUUGUUGUCCUUGUACCUAGCUGUUAUGUAUAUUUUUAAGAGAUGUAUUGUAUGUGUACACAAACUUGGCGAUUCUGAUCCUGAAGCGCAAUUACUUUUUAUGUUGUUCUACUUAAAUACCUAUUAAAUAUUAGGAGUGUUGUCUGGAUGUCACAGAAACACUAAUGUAUAAUUAGCCAAGAGACAUGCAUCUAUUGUAUUAAGUAAAGAGCUACUGCAAAUUGAUUAUCGGCUUUAUUAAUUGAAAACAAUUAGCUAAAUUGAUUAAUCAUUUAACCCAUUUAUCAAGCGAAACAUGCCAGGCAGUCUCGGCUUUCAGUCACUUAAAAUCGUGCUUUUCUCUUAUAUGACUGUAGAUUUAAUAUCUUUGUUUUGUUCUUCGUUUAAGUACCUUUAAGUCCUUUGGGCUCAGGGAAAUCUUUCACUAGUUCAUGAUGUUUUAUGGACUACCCGAUUAGUCAUUUAAUCAAAAAAAGAAUUGGCAGAUUAAUUAACACCAUUGUUAGUGGCAGCCCUAACCAGCAACCUAUUUUUCCUCACAUUUCUGCCGUAGGACCGGCCAAAACCAAACCACAUAUGUUUGUUCUUCCUGUAGAUUUCUACAAAGUGUAUUAAACCAGGAAUUUCAAUAGUUCUAUGUUUUGGUUGCCAGAAAAGUCACAAGCAGUUUGACCUACUUUGAAAGUGUUAACAAACCAACAAUCUAACUAUUGUGAAUGCACUUAUAUAAGAGAGUGAUGUUAUUUUUGACUCCUGUAUAUAGUCUGAACACAUGACACAGAGAACAUACCCUGCACAUGUAACAAGCUUAUGCUGUAAAACAUUCCCUUAAGUGUGAGGGAAUCAGACCUCAAAUUGAUUAGCCAGUUUUUUAACCCGCUUACCGCUGCUUUUAGUCAGCAGAAAUAUCUUUUUGUCUCUUUCUGUGGAUAUACACACAGACAUCCUCACCACCAGCUGAGCCUCGGUAUGUCCUUACGUGGGCUGCAGUAGUACUGGUAUGACCCCCACUGUAUCCCCCAGAGACUAGCCAAUUUCCAUACAGAUAGACACAGAGCCAGACCGCACCUGUGCCCCUGGAAUUCCGAGCAGGAAUUGUAUCAGACAGACAGAAAUUCUGAUGCUUUUAGUGACUUGGCCUCCCAGGAGAAAGAGCGAGAGAAACAUAGAUGGGUGGGAAAGAGGAGGAAGAGGAAUUUAUGGAGAGAAAUAAGGUGGAAGCAGGAUGGAUGAUCAUAUCUGUCUCUAUAUACCUACUGCUGCAUCACUGCUUCCGUAUGCUGCUGUGCAGGUCUAUAGCACUGAGUCAACUAUGAUAGAGCACGAGUCCUUCGCAAAAUACCCAAAUCUCCAUUUUCUGUGUCAGUAUGUCUAAUAUUAUAAGUAGAUACGGAGAUACUAACCUUUUCUUUAUUAGAAACAAUGUUGUUUUCGUUUCAUGUUUUUGAGCUGAAGCAGUCAACCUCUUUCUGCUGUGGGGAUUCUUAAAAUGACAGAGCUUUUGCUCAGACUGCUGGGAAAUUGUGUGUGUGUGUGUGUUUGUUUGUGUUAGCCACGUUACACUGUGAGCAAUACUGCGAUUAGAUGCGCUGUCAAAUAAUCCAACAUUUUAUCCUUGUGACUUUGACGGCUUACUUUGACACAUCUCUGAUUUACUAAAGACAGCUUCCCAAGACGUCUUCUGGCAACACAAUUUCUGCUUUUUAAGAAAGGGGCAAGUAGGGUUUAGUGUUAAAUCUGUGUAUUUGUAAGUGCAUGUAUAAUUAUGAUAAAUCUUCUUGUACUGCACUGUUCCAAAGCAAAAAUGCUGUAUACAGUAUGUGUUUAUGUCUGUGUUAAAUGUGAGUUCAGCUGUUGACCCAAUGCGGUACAUCUGGUCAGCAACAGCAACAUGAUUUGUUUACGAUGUUAGUGAGACAGUCAUUAAAUAUGUGUAUAUGUACACACCCACUAUUGGGCAAUAAUUCACUAUUGUCACAAUUGCAAUUUUUUAUUACGCGUAUUUAUGUCUUAUUUAACAGAUUUGAAAAACUACACUUAAUGACACACUUAAUAACAGCUAAUCACAUAAAAUGUGAUAGAUAUAAAGUGAGGACAAAUACAAAAAAAUCUUUUGUUAAAAUAUCGUUUGACCAAAGACUGUCAUGUGAGAUUCUGACAAUUUGUGAGGGAUAUCAAAUCAAUGUAUCUGUUCCUCUCAGAUGCUGUGAUCCUUCUCGUUCUACACAUGCUGCUUCCUCCCUUUUCCCCUCCCACCCUGCCUACCUUCCCACCACACAGCCUCCCGUCCUCUGUCCCUCCAGUAGAGCAGCAUGAGGUCAGUAUGAGUGGGGGAGUCAAUGUGAAAUCGGCCCCCCGGGCUCCUCUCUCAUCAGGAAUCCCCCUCCCACACAGCCUGUUGCCCUCCUCCCCCAAAACAGACACCCGCCGCCGGGCUAGUGACCUGCCCAGGCCGUCAACACAGACCCCUAAACACACACCCACACACAGUCCCACACACACGCCCAUGCAAUCUCCUUUACUUUGCCCACGGAGCUCUAGGAUGCUGGAGCUCCGUGGGCAAAGUAAGGACCCGAAGAGAGACGCAGGCCUGAAGAGUCAGCUCUUCCAGCGGAUGGGAGCUCUACCUGCUCCCCAGGUGUCACGCUCUGCCUACAGCAGCCCCUUAACCGAGCGCAGGGUACUGCAGCCACACUCCAAAGACACACUGGAUCUGGGAAAGCCCUCCCCGUCUCACAUCCCCGCACAGUUGUCACAUGACGGCAAUCGCAACAGGAACACCCUCACCAAUAAGAACCAAACAUGGGGGACUAGCAACCUGCGUCCACCGCUUCAGUUCAGAAGAAGAGACAACUCCAGAACUGGAUCCCAGGCAACGAGUGAGCUCAUGACACAAAGAGAGAAAGAGCCUCCAGAACACCACCCUGCCCAGUCCCCCAUGUCAAACAAUGGUUACCUCCAUCCCUCCCUUGCCCAAAUGAGCUACGAGCACGCCAUCAGAGGUCGCAGUGACUCCACUAGCCAAUCAGACGAGGAGAUGGGCUCUCCUGAAGACAGCAGUCCAGCCUCCUCUCCUUGUCCCCUGCCGCUGCCACCGAUCACAUUCACCACGCCAAUAAUGUCCAAGGUGGCUGUCCAUACGUUGGCUCAAAGCCUAGAUAAGGAGGCUGCGUCCACAGAGACACACGCACCCAGAGUCAACAUGGCUACUGUGGCUCCCUUCAGCUACCGGCUGCAUGCGCAGGAGAGCGAUUUUUCAGUGGAUGGACUGAGUGACUGCUCAUCUGGAUCCAUAGAAGUCUGCUGUGAUGACCUAACACUAGGAGGGAUGCUGGAGGCUAAUGUGGCUAACAUUAGCAUGACGGCCAAGCCCAGUGAGCUGGACGUGAGGUCUGCUGCUGUCUCCUGCCAGGAAACUUCAGCCCAGGCCAUGGCCUCUAGGAAGCCCCAGGCCAAGCCUUCUGCUCUUCCCCCGGGACAUUCACGACCCUCUGGGUCAGAGCUCAAGGUCUACCGGCCCUCCGCUGGAUCUAUCCCUAUCCCAGUUCCCAAUCCGUCCAGGCUCCGCAAGCAGCGGUCACUUAACAACUUGUGUGUGCUCACUGAUGCUGAGAAGAAGCUGCACCUGUACCAAUCUCCACGCUGGAAGGAUGAUGCGAGCCGGCCUGGCACAGACACCAACAAGCCGGGCCAGAUUAAGACAGUUCAGGCUGGGGGUGGCAAACCACCACUUUCUCGGACCCUUUCAAAGUCAGAACAGUCUCUUUUCCAGGGUAAGCCCAAAUCUUUCUGCUCCCCAUCGGUGACUUCUUACGGGAACAAGCCGAGUCGAAUCCCUGCCCCUGGUAAACCACGGGGACCCUAUGCUGAGGUCAAGCCCAUUAGCAAGGCCUCUGAAGCAGGCCAGAAUGCAGACAUAGACCCUGCAGACCACCCAACUAAGGCUAACUCCAAUGGAGCAGGGAACACUGGGACGAAUGGCAAGAAACUAGGGGAGAGGGAGAGAUGUGCAGCUCUGUCAACAGAGGAGAAGAAAGACAGGAAGGGGAUAGAGGGUGAAGAGGAUAAGAGCUUUCUGAAGGUGGACCCAGAGUUAGUGGUGACGGUUCUGGGAGACCUGGAGCAGCUGCUCUUUAGCCAGAUGCUUGACCCAGAAUCCCAGAGGAAGAGGACCGUGCAAAAUGUUCUGGACCUUCGACAGAACCUGGAGGAAACCAUGACCAGCCUGAGAGGUGUGCAGCUCAGCCACAGCUGUGUGGAGGGGACCGUGUGCUACGACAGCGAUGAAGCUGCUGCGUUCUCAAUUUCCAGUCUAUCAAAUCGCUCCUCUCCGCUGUCAUGGCGCCAGGGUCAAGCCAGUCCUCGACUACAGGCCGGGGAAGCUCCGUCCACGGGUAACAGCCAGUUGGACGUUCCCCUCCGUAUCAGCCACACUGCUCGUAUCCAACUAAUCGAAGCGCUGGACGACUCGGAUCCGUCCCUUCUGAAGGGAGAUUACCUCUGCAACAGCAACCUCGGCAGUAAGAGCCCAAACGUCGAGGAUGAUGAUGAUGAUGAAGAUGAUGACGAUAUUGAUGAUCUAGGGAAUGGUUGGGAUGAGAGCAGUUCCAUCAGCAGCGGUUUGAGUGACGGCUCAGACAACCUGAGCUCUGAAGAGUUCAACACGAGUCCCACUCUCAACUCCCUUCCUACCACACCCAUCGGCUCCCGCAGAAACUCAGCCAUAGUGAUGCGUACAGAUGCAGAGAAGAGAUCUCUGGUGGAGAGUGGUCUGUCAUGGGACAGUGACGACACCAAACCCAUCCGCAAGAGCCAGGGCAGCGGUGUCUACGAUACAGGAAGUCUCAAGUCCGAAUCAGCCAAUAAAUGGAAAAAGACGCGGACACAGGGGGUGGGGCUCGAAGGAGGGAAGGGCGAACUGAAGAAACCUCAGACCCUGGGUCAAGGAAACGUGUUGAAGAAAGGAAGAAACCCACCUGUAGGAGUCACCUCCCCGAUAACACACACCUCUCAGAGUGGGCUGAAAGUGGCAGGUUCAGUGAAGUCAGAUGGCAGGCCAAUGGAUAAGUCUCGGUUAGCAUUGAAGACCUCUGGCCUUCAGCGCUCCUCCUCAGAUGCCGGUAAAGACCUAAGAAAUGGCAGCGGUGUUGGUGAGCAACGUAAACCUCCAUCCGGCCUCGUCAGGCCCUCAACUGGUGGAAACUUUGGCUUUAAGAAGCCUACCACAGCUACCAAUAAUGGCACAAGCAAUGCCGGUUUUCCCAUAGCCUGCGGCUCUGCAACUGUAGGGAAGAUUCCCAAAACGUCAGGUAUUCCUGUCAAACCAGGGGCUGGUGGUGGCAGUGGAGGACGUAAGACUAGUCUUGAUGUUUCGAGCUGCGACCAGAGUGGUUUUCUAUCUCCAAAUGCCAGGACGUCUCUCCAGUACCGCUCUCUGCCUCGCCCAGCAAAGACGAGCACCCUGACUCUAACCCGGCCGAGCUCAGCUCGCCCAGUGAGCACCACCAUUGACACAGGCUCAGGGCUGAUCAAACCACCACAGGGUAGACUCAAAGAGCCCGCCUCGGGGCUUGGUUCUGGGUUGAGUAAGGCAGGUGGGCGUGGGAUCCCCAGUCCUGUCAAUCAGACAGACAAAGAGAAAGAGAGGGCCAAAGCCAAAGCUGUAGUAUCUGACUCGGAGUGUGGAGGUGGGUCUCUGAAGGGCAGCCCUGCUCAGACCCCCUCAGAGAACGGAGGGAAGCUACAGGGGCUGAGACCUCCCAGCAGUGGCAAAGGCUUGGAUCUGCCCUCAACCAACACACACAGGUUAUCAGGAAUGCGCAGCCUGGCAAAACCUCCAUCCAUGGCCCACCUUGACAAGCUGAACUCAAACAUCCUAGAGGUGGGAAUUGAGGACUCUCUGCCACCUAAGAUUCCUCCCUACUCUAAGCUCCAGGACCUGGCCAGGUCAGCAGGCAGCUCCACUGGCCACCGCCUGACCCCCAGCCCCGCCCCUUUACUCAAUGUGAACUCUGCGUCCUGCUUCCCAAGCUCAGGUACUGGGUUGGGGCCCAGGCAGGUCUCUUCUCUCGGUGUUCAAGGAAGCCGAGGGAGCACCUCUCCCCUGCUUUACCCUCGUCUGUCUGGGCUGCAUCGCAGCAUGGAGUCGCUGCCGCUCCAGAUGAGUCUCGCCCCAGAGCCCCAAGAGAGGGAAAAGGCAAGGGAGAGGGAAAAUGUGGUGAGAGGCUACACCACCUUAGAGUCCCGCCACAAAGAUAGACAGGAAGACAGAGGCCCUCCUGCCAGCUGGAACCUUGGAAGUAAAGUCUCCUUAUCUCUCACAGACAGUUCUCAGAGAGACAGAAACACACUGCCAAAGAAAGGUUUAUGUUUCAGCGGGGCCUCCCAGGUUGAGGAGGAAGGGAAGGAGAAAGGGGAGAGGAGACACUCUCAUACUAUUCUCAGUAUCACCGACUCGCUCACUCUUCCCCUGCUGUCCUCGCCCACCUCCUUACCCCGCACCUCUAAGACCAGUAUGGUACCCAGCCCUGUCGGCGGACCUCCGAGGAUGACUCGUUCCAACAGUAUCCCAACACACGAUGCCUCUCUGGAGCUGUACGGAGCAUCUCCGCUGGGCAGCACCCUCUCAUUGGCUGAACGCCCCCGCAGCAUGGGAAUGGUUCGCUCCGGAUCCUUCAGGGACAAGGAGCCCGAUGAGGUUCAUGGGUCCGUUCUUUCUCUGGCGUCUAACGCCUCAUCAAGCUACUCCUCGGUGAGUGUGGGCGGCAUGCAGACUCAGGCUGAGGAAAGGAUUCAGGGAGAGCAAAUCCGUAAACUGAGGAGGGAGCUGGAAUCGUCGCAGGAGAAGGUGUCUAAUCUGACGACACAGCUGACAGCAAACGCAAAUCUGGUGGCUGCCUUUGAGCAAAGUUUGCAACUGAUGACAACUCGGCUGCAGAGUCUGUCAAUAACCCAGGAACAGAAGGACACAGAGCUGUUGGAUCUGAGGGAAACCAUCGAUGCUCUGAAGGUCAGGAAUGACGAAGCCCAGGCCGUCAUACAAGGAGCCUUAAACACCCCGGAUAACAUGAAUGACAUGCGGAUUCGACGUCAGAAUUCAUGUGAGAGCAUCUCCAGUCUCAACAGCCUGACCAGUAUGUCGAGUGUGGGCAGCUUGAAGGACCAAGAUGCCAAGAAGAAGAAGAAAAAGAGCUGGCUGAGGAGCUCCUUCAACAAGGCAUUCAGCAUUAAGAAAGGCUCCAAAACAUACUCAGACAUUGAGGAAAUUGCCACACCCGACUCCUCAGCUCCCAACUCCCCAAAGAUGCUCCAUGAGGGGGCAGAAGAAGUAGAAAGCCAGUUCUCAUCCCUCAAAACAUCGGCCUCUGCUACCUCUUCUGUGAUCAUGGAGACUACUGAAGAGGGAGACGAUGACGAAACGGCGGUAUCGGACCUACGCUCAGAACUCUGGGUGAAAGAGAGAGAACUGACAGACAUCCGACUGGAGGCCUUAAGCUCUGCACAUCAUCUUGAGCAGCUCCGAGAAGCCAUGAACAGCAUGCAGUCAACAGUGGAGAACCUUAAGGCGGAGAAUGACCAUUUAAAAACGGGCUCCGGUCCCACCUCUUCCACCUCCCAGCCUUCAGGCCUGGCGUCUCUCCUGGGGCCCUCACUGAGGCAGCCGAUGAGCAUGUCCCUCACCAAGUCCUUCAGUCUCAGUCUGAAUGAUUGUAAAGAUCCAGACGUGUCUUCAGGUGAUGCGUUAAGUGUGUCUUCCCAGCGGGAUGAGGAAUGUGCACGCGUGCUUGUCCGCAUCGGAGAUCAAGUAGAGGACAGUAAACAGCAGCAGGAGUUCUACCUUGGCUCAGUGCUGGUCAGUGCGAGCACUAGCUGGCCCGCCCUCGACUCUAUGAUAUCUAAGACUUUCAAGGACUACCUAACUCAAGUGGACCCGACUGCCAGCCUGGGUCUGACCUGUGAUUCGCUGCACAUGUUCCAGCUGUGCCCGGGAGUGCAGAGGGUGAUAGGAGGGGACAAACCUCAAGCCGCACCUUAUCGUUGUUUCAGCAGUGGUUCAGCUAAAAUACUUGUCACUUUGAAAGGUCUCAGAGAAAAAUGUGUUGACUCACUGGUGUUUGAGACUCUGAUUCCUAAGCCGAUGAUGCUGCACUACAUCAGCUUGCUGCUGAAGCACAGGCGUUUGGUUCUGUCUGGGCCAAGCGGGACAGGAAAGACUUAUCUGGCUCAGCGUCUGGCCCACUUCCUUCUCCAGCGCAGCCGGACUGAGUCGUCUGAGGCCGACCAUGAGACCUGCCUCCUCGGUCGCAGCGCUGCUGUCACCUUCAACAUGCAUCAUCAGUCCCAGAAGGAGUUGCAGUUGUAUCUGUCCGAUCUUGCAAAUGAGAUUGACAGAGAGAGUGGAGGAGAACUACCGCUGGUUGUUAUUAUAGAUGACAUCAGUGAUUCAGCAGCCAUCACUGAGCUUGUUAAUGGAGCACUCACCUGCAAGUAUCACAAAUGUCCUUACAUCAUUGGGACAACCAAUCAGCCUGUGAAGAUGUCAUCUAACCACAGUCUACACCUUAGCUUCAGGAUGGUGAUGUUCUCCAACAACGUGGAACCGGCUAACGGGUUCCUGCUGAGGUACCUGCACCGUAAAGCUGUGGAAGCCUACCAGGAGAAGGAGCAGGACUCUGCAUGCCACCAGGCUCUUCUCCGAGUGUUGGACUGGAUCCCUCAGCUCUGGUACCACCUCCACACUUUCCUGGAGAAACACGGCACUUCAGACUUCCUCAUAGGUCCCUGCUUCUUCCUAUCAUGCCCAGUAUCAGUGGCAGAGUUCAGGCAGUGGUUCAUUGACCUGUGGAACCACUCAAUCAUACCGUACCUGCAGGAGGGAGCCAAAGACGGCAUUAAGGUGCAUGGGCAGAAGGCAGUAUGGGAGGAUCCAGUGGAGUGGGUGAGGGGGACUCUACCAUGGCCCAACGCACAGCAGGACCAGUCCAGGCUCUUUCACCUACCUCCCCCCAGCAUAGGUCCACUCAAUGAGGAGAAGAAGCCCCCCAAAGAUACACCUCCACCCAGCACACUGGAGUCAGAUCCAUUGAUGGCCAUGCUGCUGAAGCUCCAGGAGUCGGCCAACUACAUAGAGUCUCCAGAGCGGGAAGGGUGUCUGGAUCCCACUCUGCAGGCUACACUUUGAGAAUAACAUCCGACUGUCAGUCAAUCUACGGACUCUUUAUUUGAGACUGACACAGCGGGUGCAGUCCCAAUGAGACUUCAAAGACUCAAUAAUUAACUUAACUGUGUGCUCAGUGAGCAGCUACAGAGCUAAAUGUAAAGGAUAUAUGGGGAGAGUGAUUAUGGAGGAAGGAUUUGCUCUACCCUGCUAUCAGAUAGCUGCUUUCAUAAGAAGCUGUGAUGAUCAUGUCAGGGAAAGACGUCGACUUGUCUCUUCUCUGCCCUCAAUUUGUUCCAGAUGGGUUGUUGUUAAAUCUGCAAGUGCAUGGUAACCGGAAUAGUAUGAUGCAAAAUAUUACCUAUAAUCCCAUUGAUCAAAGCCCAUUGUUUUCUUUUGUUUUCCUCUUGGCUGCCACAACUUUCGCCACAAACUAUUGGUGCUUCAUUUCAUAAAGAAAUUAACCUCAGACGUAACUCUGAUUCCCUCUAAAGUGAGUUCAUCACUUGACGUCAGCCAAAAAUGCACUUUAUUUUCUACUUGUGGUAAUUGGACUUUAGGAGGCUGUGUCAGUCACUGUGUCUAGUGGGAAUCAUGCAGUUCAUUAGUAAUUCCUCUAGAUGGCAGCAUCUACUCCUGCCUCAGUGCUCUCCUGGUGUUCUGACUUAUCAAAGGUGCUCAGCAGAGCAUAACACACUUUAGAACAGAGCUAUGAAAAUGGCCUUGAAUGUUUUUCUUCUCUUCAGUUCACCCACUGUGUCAUUCAUGACUUGAAUAUCAGAACAACGAAGCUGUAAGAGUAGCAUGCGUGGGUGAAUAAUGAAUGGAAAUCAAUGAAUCGGUUUUAGGAUCAGUCUGUCAGGAAAAUAUCUUAAUCGGUGGACUCGGUAGCCACUGGUUUCCACAGAAACUGACAUUGACCCUUCUAAACAUACUGUAUUGUAAUCUGCCCAGACGGCCUAACAUUUCGGGCUAUGCUUGCGUAUAUUCUGUAUUUAGAUAUCGGUUUCAAAACCUAAAACUCUCUUGUGAUAGAUGAGGAUACAGCUUUGAAAAUCUUGUUUUUGUAGGAUUUUAUACUGAGUCAUCUUCAGCGAUCAUCUGUAUACAGCAGCUAUCACCCAUGUAUACCUAUGCCAUUAUCGAUAGCAGCAGGAAACACUUCUGUCUUCGCUGUCUUAAUCAUUACUCAUUCACGGAAGUGGAAAACAUCAGUAAAAAAAGAACUGCCAUUAAGUGAUAAUGAUCUGUACAAAAAAAAGCAUCUCCUUCCUCGUUGCAUUUGCUCCUUCUCGCGCAUUGUUUUAAGAGUAUCUGUAAAAGUAAGGGCUGGGGGAUAAGAAAGGUUGAAAUUUAUUUUUAAGUGGCUUCCUCCUAUUCCUUUCCUUCAUUUGUUUGCACAUAAUAUAUGUACGCGUACUAGAUUACAGAGAGUAUUUAUUGCUCACACCUUGACUGUCCUUGUGAUGAAGGAAGAAAGAGAGAAAAGACGUGUAAGAAGAGGAAACUUUUACCCUGAAGUACCUCAGACUGCCAUAUUCUGUCCAGAUGUUCCUCUACUGUCCAAACAGGGUGCUGGUGUUAAGUAGAGACACGAUGCCUAAAAGUCUAUCUGUGCCUGAAACACAAUUGGCCUGAAGCUGCUUUCGAGCUGCUUUAAUCUACCACACCUCGAUUAGAGGAAACGUCAUCACUUCCUCUCACCUACUCUGAUGUCACUUUAAUGUCAUCACCUUGAUGCCCAGAUUUAGGUGGAGAGUGGGUUAUUAUUUUUGACCUUUGGCUGGUAGUCAUGGCUGUUAUAGCUAAGAUGUUGAGUUUGCCAGUUAACUCUGCAAUAGACCACAAUGCGUAUCAUGGCUGGGCUGCGAUUUGACACCAUUUUAAAUGUAAGUGUGAAAGACUUGACAUCUUUGUGGAGUUGCCUGAGAGUUGGAAGCAGUGUAAGAACAGAUAUUAGCAUGGAUAUGUAAUGUAGAUGCAUGUAUCCCUGCUGUGUUCCCAUUGGACCUACCACACUUAACCUUACCACGGGAGGGAUUUUUAUUAACUGGACAUCUUCCUCUUUUCAUCUUGUUUUUAUUAAGAGCAGACAUUUGUUUUUAUUAUGCAAAUAUUUGUAAAGGUUUCUCUCUCUUUUGUACAUGACAUCACUAUUGUAAACACUGUAAAUAGUCAGUGCAUCUGCGACAACAAUCACUAAAACGUGUAGAGAUCUAAGACAAGACAUGGCCCCUGUAUGCAGAAAACGGGCGUCCUUGGUGGUUUUAUUGUCUUCCUCCAGUGGGAAGGCGCACUUGGCUUAAAAGGGGGCCUAAUAAUGGUUGUAUGGCAUGUCUCUAUAAACACAUCAAAUCCCAUAUGUCAAACAUUGAGCAAUGGACACAAUAAAGUCAUGCCAUUCUUCACAUCA